GCCGGUUUUACCCGAGUUCGUAAUCGAAGAAAUCGAUUCCACAUUUGCUACACUAAUGGUGGACUGCUCGCGUUCCAUCGUGAGCCCCGAUCGUCAGUAACGAAAGUAAAGGCACCACAGUUAGACAUUAGUACACCCGUGCUCGUAAAACUGAUGCUCGGUCUGAGAAAUUUCAUCUGGAGGCGCAACUUCGUCUUGAAUAUCUUCGCUUAAAACCGCUACUAACAUAAUAUACAGGCGACGGAUUAAAUCUUGAGAAGUCGACGAUGGCGCAGCUCAAAGUGGCUAUCAUCGGGCAGAGUCCCUUCGCAGCGGAGGUCUACAAACUCUUGCGACAAAAUGGACAUCAGAUCACCGGAGUAUUCACGAUUCCGGAUAAGGGAAAUCGCGAGGAUCCUCUAGCGAUCACCGCCAAGGCUGACAACACGCCGGUUUUCAAGAUCAAAGCAUGGAGGAGCAAAGGAGUAGCCUUGCCCGAAAUCUUGGAACUAUACAAGGGUAUCGAGGUAGACCUCAAUGUUCUUCCCUUUUGCACCCAGUUCAUCCCCAUGGAGGUUAUCAAUCACCCUCGCCAUCGAAGCAUAUGUUAUCAUCCAUCCUUGUUGCCCAGACACAGAGGAGCGAGCGCCAUAAGCUGGACGCUGAUUCAAGGAGACGAUACCGCGGGAUUCUCGAUCUUCUGGGCAGAUGAUGGUCUGGAUACCGGGCCGCUUCUCCUUCAGAAAUCCUGUAAAGUGGAACCAAACGAUACAGUAGACACCUUAUACAACAACUUUCUUUAUCCAGAGGGAAUCAAGGCCAUGGGCGAGGCCGUGGAUCUCGUGGCCAAGGAGAUCGCGCCUAUGAUACCGCAACCCGAGGAAGGCGCGACCUACGAUCCGCUAUUAAAUAAGAAAGAUCUCCAGAAAAUCGACUGGACCAAGCCGGCGAAGGAAGUUCACAACUUUAUUCGCGGUCUGGAUAGUACUCCAGGUGCCUGGACAAUAUUAAAUAAUGAGGAGGUGCGUCUCUUCGGAUCGUCCUUAUGGAGCAACGGCAAAUUACCGGAGGUUCAGAUGGAGGUCGAUCUCGAGGAACGAAAAGGAAUCGUUCAUUCGGAUGGUUUGCUGAUCAAGGCCGGCGAUGGACAAUGUGUUAACGUGGAAAGAAUUAAGAUCGGCACCAAAACCAUUCACUCCAGUAAAUAUGGACAGACUAGCGACAGCAAGAUCGUGGAAUUCACGGAAGAGGAACUGAAGAUCGUUAACGUUCUCCAUCGAAUCUGGACAGAUAUUCUUAAAAUUGAUGUCGACAACGAGACAGAUUUCUUUGCUUCCGGUGCGAGCAGCAUGGACGUGGUACGAUUGAUCGAGGAGCUUAAAGACGCUGUUGGCGUCAGCUUGCAGAAUACCGAUGUUUUCAUGGCGCCGGUCUUCAAAGAAUUCGCUACAACGGUUGUUCUCGCCGCUCGAGGAAACGUAGCCGUGAAAGAGAUAAAGUAUGAUGCGGUGGUAGUAGAGGCGAACAAUAUGACUUUGAGAUUUCCUAAACAACUCUUCAUCAAUGGCGAGUUUGUCAAUGGCCAUGGCAAACCUGUCGAUACGAUAAAUCCGCACGACGAGAGUGUUAUUUGCUCUGUAGAAAGCGCAACCGUCGAGAAUGUCGAUCGAGCUGUCAAAGCUGCCAAGAAGGCCUUCGAGGAGGGCGAAUGGGGUAAAAUCAGCGCCAGAGAACGUGGAGCAUUAUUAUUCAAAUUAGCAAAUUUAAUGGAAGAGCACAAGGAGGAACUGGCCACCUUAGAAUCUAUCGACUCCGGUGCAGUUUAUACUCUUGCUUUGAAGACUCACGUAGGCAUGUCUAUCGAGACGUGGCGAUACUUCGCCGGAUGGUGCGACAAGAUCCAUGGUUCGACCAUACCCAUCUCGCACGCGCGCCCGAAUCGAAAUCUCACAUUCACGCGGCGUGAACCGAUCGGUGUAUGCGGUUUGGUCACCCCAUGGAAUUAUCCUUUAAUGAUGCUCUCGUGGAAAAUGGCGGCCUGUCUGGCGGCCGGCAAUACUGUGGUGAUGAAACCGGCCCAGGCCUCACCUCUGACCGCGCUAAAGUUCGCCGAAUUGUCCGUGCGCGCCGGAAUCCCACCGGGUGUCAUCAACAUCGUUUGCGGUUUUGGCAGUACCGUUGGAAAUGCUAUAGUCGGGCAUCCAUUGGUCAGAAAGCUAGGCUUUACCGGUUCUACGCAGAUCGGCCAAACCAUCAUGAAAAGUUGUGCCGACAGUAAUCUGAAGAAAGUGUCGUUGGAGCUCGGCGGCAAGAGUCCUCUCGUCAUCUUCGAGGAUGCUGACAUGCAGCAAGCGGUCAGGAUCGGUAUGAGCAGUGUCUUCUUUAAUAAGGGCGAGAAUUGCAUCGCUGCUGGACGACUCUUCGUUGAGGAAACCAUUCACGACGCAUUUGUAAAACACGUAGUCGAAGAAGUGAAGAAGAUCUCCAUUGGCAAUCCCCUGGACAGAAGUACGGCUCACGGUCCGCAGAAUCACAAGGCCCAUCUGGGAAAACUCUUGCAGUUUGUACAAAUCGGGAUCGAAGAGGGUGCCACGUUGGUUUACGGUGGCAAGAGAUUGAAUCGUCCUGGCUGGUACUUCGAGCCAACUGUCUUCACGGAUGUCAAGGACAACAUGUACAUUGCCAAGGAAGAGUCGUUCGGACCGAUUAUGGUGAUCUCCAAGUUUAGUUCAAAGAAUAUCGAUGAGAUGAUCGCACGGGCGAACAAUACCGAGUUCGGUUUGGCCUCGGGUAUCCUCACCAAGGAUAUCAGCAGGGCGCUUAGGUUUGCGGAAAAGAUCGAAGCUGGCACUGUGUUCAUUAACACAUACAACAAAACGGACGUGGCGGCUCCCUUCGGGGGCUUCAAGAUGUCCGGAUUCGGAAAAGACUUAGGUCAGGAGGCACUUAAUGAAUAUCUGAAAACGAAAACGGUUACUGUUGAAUAUUAAUUAUUAUAAUUAUUAUUCUUCGAGUAUUAUAAUAUAAUAUUAUAGAUACAUGUGUUUAAUGGCGAAACAAUUUGUACCAAAACUUACAAUAAUGCCUAAAAAUUA